AUGAGGCCCGAGGCAGUCUUUCUUCCUCCAACAGCACACUUCACAGAUACCCAAAACCCACUAAACAACCUUAUACAACACUAUGCCGCCCAAAGCAGUCUCAACAAAGGGAUCCUCCGCACCCCCGGCGAAGGGCGCCUCAGUACCCCCAGCAGAAGGCUCUACAUCCCAUACCUCUUCAACAGUCCCAAAGAAAAACUCCUCUGCACCUCCUCUACAUGGACCCGCAGAAACUCUGGCGAGGAGCUCGCUAUCAAUCGCAAAGAAAACUCCUGCAGCCCUACCUGUGACAGCCUCUUCAUCAAUCCCAACGCAAAGCUCUUCUGUACCUCCUCCGCAUGGACCCAUAGCGGCUCUGGCGAAAGGCCCACUAGCAAUCGUAGCGAAAACCCCUGCAGCACUGUCUUUAGAAAGCCGAAACGAUCAGCCGAAAAACGACAAGGCUUCUGGAAAGCGAGAGACGCAGCUACCGAACCUUGUCGAGGAGAUCCCACCACCCACAGAGGUAGAUGGAGCGUCUCCAGAACAGGUCGAGAGCAUGAAAAAUUCAUGGGCCGAAUUCAACUUACUCGCCAGUGA